AUGACGGUGACUGCCAAUGGCCACAGCUCAGCUGAGCCCCCGCUAGAUCACGAUUUCCACAAUGGCUGGGGCACGGUAUACUCAAACAGCGGCUUCAUGAAUGACGAUCGUGCCCGCCGUUUAUGGGAGGACUAUACCGUGAACCCUGCCAGGGUCGAAAAGCAGUACCAUAUUCUGCUGAAAGAGUAUACACAGCGUUUUCAGUCCUUUUUCCAGGGAUACUGGCCUAUUACCUUCCAUGCACAUGUCAGCGAUGUCCUUAAUCCGACAACUAUAGCAAGUCUCAUCCUUAACACGGCAUCGACAUGUCCAUUGGUUCUUGAAGAUCCGAAGUUAUCGCCAUUGCUCAAGGAUGAUCCUGAACCCGAGAAAGUUCAUCAAUUUGUUCGAGAGCUCUUGGGCUGGACAGAUUUACACAUCAUGACACCAAGAUUGGCCAUUGUCGAUGGGAUUUAUGGCAGCGCCUACGGGCCCCUGGCACACUCGUCGGAGGAAUGGGAGUACAAGAUCAUCGGAUCGGGUCCUCCAUCGUUCUCCAUAGCCCGCAGUGACUUUUCGUCAAGGGAUAAAUUAUUGAACAAGCUCCAUACCGCAAAACAAGAAGGCUGUAUCGCCGUAGUUUGCGACCUGGUAAAUGCGUCUGAUGGAUCCAUUCUUGCUCCCGAAUCCUUCCAUCUCCUGAAAUCCUGUUGCGACAAAGUACGCAUCUGCUUGCUCGUGGAUGAAGCCAUGACCGCCAUCCGAUGCGGAGCACCAUGGGCUUGCCAAAGAGAUGAGUAUUACGAAAAAGGAAACUGCCAGCCCGACUUGAUCUCUUUUGGCAAAGGUAUGGGCGUCAGCGGCAUUGCGGUCAACUUCAACGGCCUGAUGAUGCGACACCUCGCCUACCGGAAAGAGGACCAAAUCCUUCAAACGCUCAGAUUCUGGCGUGCCAUGGUCACCCGGCCCAUUGGUACACCUGUCUUAAUCGAAGCCUUGGGCAUUUUGAACGUGGCCGAAGCGGAAAACUGGCCGGCAAGAAGUGAGGAGAUUGGAAUUGCAUUUCGAGUGUUCAUCCGUCGCCACGCUAAACUUCACGGUCAAGCAAAGGUGGCCAUACAGGGCUUAGGCGCCUUCAUAACCGUGGAUCGUGAAUUUUCCAAACAGUUCCGCGUGAUGGCGGCAUUUCGACGGAAGAGCUCCUGGGCACGCUGGAUCCCAAAACUUAACAGCACUGCCGUUCUUGAUCAUGAUACCAUUGAGAGGUACUUGGUUGGUUCCUCUGCGAGGGCUCUUCGGGAGACGCUCUCCACUGAAGCGGAAAAGCAGGGUACAUCACCGCUGUGGUGUUGCGUUUGCGGGAUGGAUACCGUUGUGGAAGAUUGGUGUCGAACAUGUUACUUGGGGCAUUGUGGGAAUGAUGAUUGUGCUGAGGAGCUCGCCACACAUGAGUGUCUGUGA